CUGGUCGACUCCAGUCAGGUGUCCACCUUCCUCAUCUCCAUCCUGCUCAUCGUCUACGGCAGCUUCAGAUCAUUAAAUAUGGACUGUGAGAACCAGGAAAAGGACAAGGAUGGAAACCCUAUAACCAACUCCUUCAACAACAGCAACUCUAAUAACAGUAUUCAGACCAUCGACUCCACACAGGCUCUGUUCCUCCCCAUCGGAGCGUCCAUCUCGCUCCUCGUCAUGUUCUUCUUCUUCGACUCGGUCCAGGUGGUCUUCACCAUCUGCACUGCGGUUCUCGCCACCAUAGCGUUUGCGUUCCUGCUGUUGCCGAUGUGCCAGUAUCUGACGAGACCCUGCUCUCCACAGAACAAGAUCUCAUUUGGUUGCUGCGGUCGGUUCACGCUGGCGGAGCUUCUCUCAUUUUUCCUGUCAGUGAUGCUGGUCCUCAUCUGGGUGCUCACGGGACACUGGCUCCUCAUGGACGCGUUGGCGAUGGGUCUGUGUGUGGCCAUGAUCGCAUUUGUGCGUCUGCCGAGUCUCAAAGUGUCCUGCCUGCUUCUCUCGGGCCUCCUCGUCUACGACGUCUUCUGGGUGUUCUUCUCAGCCUACAUCUUCAACAGUAACGUGAUGGUCAAGGUGGCCACGCAGCCGGCCGAUAACCCUCUGGACGUGAUCUCGCGUAAGCUGCACCUGGGACCCGGCAUGGGCCGCGACGUUCCCCGCCUCUCGCUCCCGGGCAAGCUGGUGUUCCCCAGCUCCACGGGGAGCCACUUCUCCAUGCUGGGCAUCGGGGACAUCGUCAUGCCCGGUCUGCUGCUCUGCUUCGUCCUGCGCUACGACAACUACAAGAAGCAGGCGAGCGGAGAGGCCACCGGCACGGCCAACGCGCCCGGCCGCAUGCAGCGCGUGUCGUACUUCCACUGCACCCUCAUCGGAUACUUUGUGGGUCUGCUGACCGCGACCGUGGCGUCUCGGAUUCACCGCGCGGCUCAGCCGGCUCUGCUGUACCUGGUGCCCUUUACCCUCCUGCCUCUGCUCACCAUGGCCUACCUGAAGGGUGACCUGCGGCGCAUGUGGUCCGAGCCUUUCCACACCAAGUCCAGCAGCUCCCGCUUCAUGGAAGUAUGAUGGCCACGACAGAGCGGUCAGCAUUCGAACUCAUCCCCGACACGCCGAGAGAGAGAGAGAGAGAGAGAGAGGGGGCGAGAGAGAGAGCGCUCGUCUUCUCGCCACCUCUCGUUCAGACGGAGAAGCUCGCCGACGUCACUGCCAGAUGAAUCCCGCUCAGCACAUUCGCUCUGUUCUUUCUUCUACCUUUACUUUGUUCCAGCCCUCUUCAUUCCAGAUGCUUCUUUCUCUCUCUCUCUCUCUCUCUCUCUCUCUCUCUGUCUCGAUUCGUCCCCUGUUGGACUGAGGCUGCUCCUUAUGGGACAUUUGGGACACAGCCGGCUCACCGAGCCUCGGGUGAUUAUUAUUUUCUAAUCAGCAUCGUUAUGGAUUUAUAGACCAGAACAAUGUCGUGUUUUUUGGUGUUUUUUUUGUUGUUGUUUUGAAUCAUGGACAAGAAGCUGAAAACAGCUCGGAACAAUAACGACCCCGAGGGGACCAGCGCACACGCACACACGCGUGCGACCAGGCCACAGACGUUUCCCCGUCCUCCCGAGUCUACUCCUGCUUUUCUCUCUCUCUCUUUCUCUUUUGUGUACGUAAUACCUUUCAUCUAAUACCUCGCUCUCCCUACUUUGCGGAUACGUGUAUUUUAUUUAGACAGAUUUUAUCCUCGGCGUAUACAGAGACGAUGCAUUAUAAAGUCGAGCGCACGUGCGUGUGCGCCCCUGGUGGAAGCCAGCGUCGCGCUGUGCCGCUCCAUGUAUAUAUGUGUACACGUGUAUUAGGAGCAUCGUGCCAGGGUGCGAGUGUGUGUGUGUGCGUGCUUACUUAUGAACCGCGUGUGUGUGCGCGCCUGUUGUUUUGCGCUUUUUCCCUUCGUUGCUUUGACUGGGUUUGUAAAUUCCUCAGAUUUCAGGGGAGGAUGAGAAUGCUAAUGAAUUAUUUUGCUUUUCCGGAAGCUGAACGUCGGCCGGUCACAUUUUUACGGCUCUUUAAGGCACAGGUUACUGCAGGCGGGGGGGGGGGACGGUGGGCAGAGCUUCAGAGUGUGUGUGUGUGUGCGAGUGUGUGAGACUGAAGGAGUGAAUUAUACACAUGGCAUUACCUCUGCUAAGGAAACAGGUCAGAGACAAGAUUACGCUCCGACACCCUGAAUGUAGUUGAUCAGUCGUUGCAAAUUUAGCGCCAGGCUCCCGUUAGCGGUCGCCGGCGGAUCGUGAUCCGCGUUAUUGAUUUGGCACAGUUUUUACUCCUGACACGACCCUCCCUAUUUAUCUGGGCUUGGGACCGGCACUACAAUGCACUGGUUUAUGCAUCCUAGCGGCCAGGUACCUAUAGGACCAGACACGGGGGAGAACAUGCAAACUCCACACAGAAAUGACCCGGACCGCCCCACCUGGGGACCUGGCCUAUUUAGCGCCGGGCUGACAUCGCUUAUAGGAAACCAGCAGCACGAGGCUCCAACGUACCAAUCAUGGCCCGUUCUCCGGGUAGCCUUGUGCGUUUUUCUUUUAUCGUACGUCCGAGUCAGAAUGAAUUCUUGCCCUGAGUUGGAUUGGCACCCGCUCUCGGGUGUAUAGCGCAUCUAAGUGCCCGUUAAUCCUCCUCUGUUACACUAGACUCACCUCAAAAGUUUCCACACUUUUUUAACUCUAUUUUUUAAGAAUUUCAAAAACAAAUGACACUUUUCUACAUCGUCACCUUCCGAUGCUUUUCUCAGGCAUUGUACCAACUUUUUAAUGUUUUUGGGUUGUGUGUGUAGCCACUGAUGCGCCGCUGCUUUCACAUCAUCAUCACAUGAAAAUCUUCUUCCCUUAAAGCUUCUUUAAGUGUCCAAAAAGGUAGAAAUCAGAUGGAGCUAAAUCAGGACCGUAAGCGUCUCUCAGACACGACCGAUUACUCCUCCUACUACACCCUCACCGCUUAUAACAUAUAAAAGUGAGGAAACUUUUUAAAUAUCUCUUGUACAUUAAUGUUGGCAUUAAACGCUGUGUGAUUUAACUUGAGGGCGCCUACAAAAACCCCUGAAAAUGACGUCAGGAAGAGCUUAAAUCCUCCAACCUUACUUUUAUUGUUUUGUUAGUGCUUAUAAUAAGCUCUCUGCUACUGACUCUACAUUACCGCCCCCUUCACUACGUCACGCUCUAUUAAAUAAAGAGGUGGCUCGGUGGGUAGCACUGCCGCCUCACAGCAAGAAGGUCCUGCGUUCAGAUGGAGCUAAAUCUGGACUGUAAGUGUCUCUCAGACUCUCGGACACGCCCGAUCACUCCUCCUCCCACCCUCACCACUUAUAACCACAAUAUAAAAGUGAGGAAACUUUUUGAAGAUCCCUCGUACUUGUGAAAUUUAGGGGGAGUCAGACUUUCGCAUGUUUAGAAAACAAGAGUAAUUAUAUUUAUUUUAAAAUAAAUAUAACUCUCCUUUAGGUCUUUGCCUCGACGAUAUUAAAGUAUAAAGUGAUUAGUAUAAAAAAGUUACAUAAAUUAUUUAUAAUUGUUUAACUUUUUCCUCCUAAACAUUCAUUUAUUCAUUCUGUUUUACCACUCCUUUAUCCUGGUCAGGGUCACGGUGGGUCUGAUUCUUUAAGCGAAAGGCAGGAAACACACCGGACAGGUCGCCAGUCACAUCACACACACACACACACACAAUAUCUAAUAGCUCUGAUUAACCUGACUGCAUGUCUUUGGACUUGUGGGAGACAAACACAAGGAGAACAUGCAAACUCCACACAGAAAGGACCCAGAUUUCACUCUCCAUUACGGAUGUGAAAAGAAGCGGUCGGUAUUGCACACGUCUGAGGCGGCAUGUUUCAGUUCCUCAGUCAGGAGUGGAGAUGAAAUAUGUUCCGGGAAUUGGAUAUGACUCGAUUAAGAGGAAGAUGCAUUAAUUUUUUUUCUUAAUAAACUGCCUAUACAAAACGUAGGUGGAAUAUUUAACAUUCAGCAUUAAAUGAAGUGGAAUUUGCAGGAUGGCACGAAGGUGGUGGUUCCGUUUUCCCCUCUCAUCGCUGCCAAGGCUGUCAUGCUCACGGAUCGCUUCUUUUCACCUACCAGGGGCGGGUCUCACAGAGGCGCAGUAUAACGAGCAGAGAUCCAUUCGUGAUCGGUCAACCCUCGGUCAGCUUAGGCCACGGUUACACCACAGACGAGGAACCCUGUUUCAGCCGACACAGCCAAUCAUGUGCCUCCGAUCUGAGAUUCAAACAUGUAGUGUUUGUACCGCGUAUGGAGGGCCACGCUGUGUCUUGCGUGUUCCUCCACCACUCUGCAGACAGAACAAGUCUCUAAUGUGGUGCCAGUGAGAUGAAACCCCAUCCAAACUUCCCUCCCUCAGACACAGCCUAUUCUGUCUGUGCUCUACUCCCCCCGUAGAGAAUUAAAUUCCCUUGUGGGGUCUAGUGUUCAAUAAACGACGAUUUAUGCGAAUCUCAGGCGCCCGUCACGCUCAGGCUGAUCGACUACAUUCACUGUGUGGGGGGUGUGCAUUUCAGAGCGGUGCUUUUAUAGCGAAGGACUCGAUCCUUUCUCGAUCAUUGGAUGAGACUGAUGAGGUUUCGUAGGCAUGUGCCAAUACUGACCUGCUAUCCAAUCACCUGGUUUACUGUAUUAGCACAAGCGUGUAUAUAAAAAACGUGGACGCUACUUUACUGAAAAGGAUGUAAUAGGACUGAUGGGUACAUGUGGGGGAGGGGGUGUUUGUAUGCAUUUAUUAUUAAUUUUAUUGUAAUUGAAUUAAACUGGGGGUUGUGAUGAGGGAUUAUGGGCACAUGACUGGUGGUUUGUUUUUCAUACUUUACUAUUUCCUUGACGGUUAUUUAGUGUGUGUGUGUGUGUGUGCGAGCGAGUUUGCGGUGCAAGUCUUGUCGAGGUCUGCUCUUUGUCUACCCGUUACCCGUUCCCUUUUCAAAAUCUCGGACUCGUCAGGCCUUGCAUGCGAAGCGUACGGCGAAGCGUUCCUCACGCUGCGUUCCGGCGACGCCCGAGGCCGGACGGCGCACGACGGACGCCGACCAGCGUCGCACAACAAACACGAGCCUGAGCUACAAAAAUCCUCUGACUGUUCGCCAGGACAAGGACCUUCUGGUAACCGGGCGUGGCUCGGACACGCCACAAUCAUGCUCGUCAUCCCCCACCAGCCAACGAUAACAGACAUGAAACAAAAAAUGAACUUCCUCCGAUUAAUGGUGAUUCCAUUCAUCAUUUUUACGGGAGGCCCUGCUUUUUGUUUUACCACUUGUUUGUAUUUUUCUUAGUGCUUUAGAAUUUUUUUUAUAAUUAUUAUAUUAUUAUUAUUAUUAUUUUACUGGUUUUUUUUUUUUGUUCCUUCUCCCUGUUCACUCCCGGCCAGCAGAGGGCACUAAGCUCCAUUGGUACGUUCCUCUUUACGGCCAAAAGGAUUCUGUAUAAAAGUGAAGUUAAAAAUAAAUUAAGAACUGUGUAGUGA